GAAAGACCAGGAAGGAGAGCUACGCUAUCUACGUGUACAAGGUGCUGAAGCAGGUCCACCCCGACACCGGCAUCUCCUCCAAGGCGAUGGGCAUCAUGAACUCGUUCGUCAACGACAUCUUCGAGCGCAUCGCCGCAUCUGUUGCAUGUGGCUCCACCUCCCGUGUCUUGGCUUCAACUAGGUCCUGUAGAGGAGCAUAAGAGGCGUGUACAGAGUUGCAGCUCUUCAUUCGUGUUCGUUGACUGACUGAAGAUCUAGAGAAGAUGUCUGGCCGAGGUAAGGGAGGCAAAGGUCUUGGGAAAGGAGGCGCAAAGCGUCAUCGCAAAGUUCUUCGCGACAACAUCCAGGGCAUCACCAAGCCGGCUAUCCGCCGUUUGGCUCGCCGUGGCGGCGUCAAGCGUAUUUCUGGUCUGAUCUAUGAGGAAACCCGCGGUGUACUUAAAGUAUUCCUGGAGAACGUGAUCAGGGAUGCCGUCACUUACACCGAGCACGCCAAGAGAAAGACCGUCACCGCUAUGGAUGUGGUUUACGCCUUGAAGCGCCAGGGACGCACCCUGUACGGCUUCGGCGGCUAAAUGCUCGACUCGACCAACUCUAAACCCAACGGCUCUUCUAAGAGCCACCCACAUGCAUCUCAAAAGAGCCUUUUCUGUAUAUUCUGUUUAAUCUGAAUGAAAAUGCUCGAUUUUAUAUUGUGACUCUUAAUGUUUAGAAAAAAACAAUAAGUAAAUAAAAUAAUUAAAUAAAGUAGUUUUAAGAUACCCAAAAAGUUCUAUAUAUAAAUUUUAUGCACUGUAGUGAAACGAUGGGCGUAUAUACUGUGUAUGCGCGCGCGUGUGUGUAAUAAAAAAAAACUCACUUGUACUUGAAAUAGUGUAAUAUAGUGUAAUCUGGUGUGCUGUAUAAGGGAACAGUAGCUAAGAGUGCGCGGGAAUGUUAACAAAGGGAAGUCUUUAGCUGUGAGGAGGAGGAGGAGAAAGAGGACAUGGAGGAGGAGGAGGAGGAGGAGGAGGAGGAGGAGGAUGGGCAGGAGUCAGGAUUUGUUCGCCAAGCAAGUCCUU